CAGGACUGUAUCUAGUCCGCCGAGGCUCCGCCCACCAUCUAUCUAUAGGAACAUUUUCGGUGAUAUACAGCCGAUGCUGGAGCAGUCGCUUGGACAAGUUGCUCCUGCUUGUACAUAUUUAUAUAUAUAUUAAAAACAAAACAGGAAUUGUUUAAGAAGUGGGAAUCAUGGUGAACCAGCGGGAGGAGAACGGCUGGCAGGCGUUAAAAAGCGACUCGAGCGGAGCAAGUAACAGCGGCGAGAGCUCCAAGGAGAGCUCCAGGUGCUCGACCCCUGUCGGCGAAUCGGACCGCGGAACCCGGCUGAGGGACAAGAUGAGACGUCGCAUUGAGUCCGGGGACCGAUGGUUCUCCCUCGAGUUCUUCCCUCCACGCACAGCCGGCGGUGCUGUCAACCUGAUUUCCAGAUUCGACCGAAUGGGAUCUGGCGGGCCUCUCUUCAUCGACAUCACAUGGCAUCCAGCAGGAGAUCCUGGUUCAGACAAAGAAACCUCAUCCAUGAUGAUCGCUAGCACAGCGGUCAACUACUGCGGGCUGGAGAGUGUGCUGCACCUCACUUGCUGCAAGCAAACAAAAGAUAAGCUCACAUCUCAUCUGAGCAAGGCCAAGCAGUUGGGACUGAAGAACAUCAUGGCGCUGAGGGGAGAUCCUGUGGGUGCUGACUGGGAAGAAGAAGAAGGAGGGUUCAACUACGCUGUAGAUUUGGUGAAGCACAUCUGCAGCGAAUUCGAUGAUUACUUUGACAUUUGUGUUGCUGGCUACCCGACUGGGCACCCAGAGGCUGAGAGCUAUGAAGCGGACCUGAAACAUUUAAAAGAGAAAGUCGAUGCAGGAGCACACUUUGUCGUGACUCAGCUCUUUUUCAGAGCUGAGACGUUUCUGAAAUUCCUUAAGGACUGCAGAGCUAUAGGCAUCACCUGUCCCAUUCUGCCAGGAAUCUUCCCCCUUCAGGGUUAUCACUCCUUACGUCAACUUGUCAAAUUGUCAAAGCUGGAGGUGCCAGAUGAGAUCAUGGAAGUGAUUGAGCCCAUCAAAGAUAAUGACGCUGCCAUCCGCAACUAUGGCAUCCAGCAGGCUGUAGAUAUGUGCAAGGUGCUGUUGAACAGCGGUGAAGUCCCUGGCUUGCACUUCUAUACACUCAACAGGGAGGUGGCUACAACCGAAGUGCUCCGACAGCUUGGCUUAUGGGCCGAGGACCCUCGGCGACCUCUGCCCUGGGCUGUUAGUGCUAAUCCUAAACGAAAGAUGGAGGACGUCAGGCCGAUUUUCUGGUCCACAAGGUCCAAAAGCUACAUCUAUAGGACACAGGAUUGGGAUGAUUUUCCCAAUGGAAGAUGGGGCAACUCCUCAUCUCCAGCCUUUGGAGAGCUGACCGAUUACUAUUUGUUCUACCUGAAGAGCAAGUCCCCUAAAGAAGCCCUGUUAAAGAUGUGGGGAGAGGAGCUCAUGAAUGAGCAGAGUGUAUAUGAAGUCUUCACUAACUAUAUUAUAGCACAGCCCAACCAAAAUGGACACAAGGUGAUGUGUCUACCAUGGCACGAUGAACCUCUGGCUCCAGAAACAAACAUGCUAAAGGAUCAGCUAGAGAAAGUGAAUCGUAGAGGUAUCCUCACCAUUAACUCCCAGCCCAACAUCAAUGGCAAGCCUUCUUCUGACCCAGUUGUAGGCUGGGGACCUCCAGGAGGAUAUGUCUUCCAAAAGGCUUACCUGGAGUUUUUCACUUCAAGUGAAAAUGUAAACGCACUUCUUCAAGUGCUGAAGAAAUAUGAACCACGUGUGAACUAUCACAUCGUCAACGUGCGGGGUAAGAAUAUUACAAAUGCCCACGAUAUGCAACCUAAUGCUGUGACCUGGGGAAUUUUCCCUGGCAGAGAGAUUAUUCAGCCCACGGUGGUGGAUCCAGUCAGUUUUAUGUACUGGAAGGACGAGGCCUUUGCGCUGUGGAUUGAGCAGUGGGGGAAGCUGUACGAGGAUGAGUCCCCUUCCAGAAUGAUUAUCCAGUACAUCCACGAUAACUACUUUCUAGUCAACCUAGUGGACAAUGAUUUUCCCCUGGAAAGUUGUAUAUGGCAGGUCAUUGAUGACAUGUUCGAAUUGCUAAGUGCACCUCCAAAGCCUCUGGAAGUACACACUGAUUAGCCAGUCUGCUGCUGUUUCAUUUUAGAACUUUGUAAACAACCCACAUAGUCGGGUACUAUAAUGGUACUAAUGUUUCGGCUGUUACACAUGAUACUGUAGUAUCAGUAAUAGUCCGAACAGUACUUGGUUUGAAAAGACAUUCAUGUUGAGUGUAUUAUUUUUAAAGUUAAAAUAUAUGGUUAUAAACCAUGGUAUAUUACUAUAACGCAAAAUGAUUUGCCUACUUUUCGACAGCACUUAAAUUACAAGUUAAACUUUUAAGCUUAUUUAUAAACAAAGUUUCAGCUAAUGCACAAGUCCAAAGUCUGAUGCUUUUGAGGCUGUUUUUGCCAGCUGGAAUACAAAUGCACACUAAAGCAGAUCUGCUACGUGUGUGUGUGUGCGUGUGCGCGCGCGUGUGUGGGGGUUUUUUUUUUGUUUGUUUUUUAAAUCAGUGGCGAAUGCAAGUCAUCAUGGAUAUUGAGAAUGAUUGUGAUUACUGUUCUAAUCUUGUUGCUCACCAUACCAUUGUCCAUCCUCUGUUUUUUUUUUUCUCCAUUGUUUUUUAUUUUUUAUUUUAACGGUUUUUGUGGACUGCUGGUAAAUAAUAGCAAAAUAAAAACAAAUUUGUGUGCACACCAA